AUAUAUAUAUAUGGACAAAUGUAUACACAAUACGACAUAUUGUUAUAUAUGUAUCGAGUGCAAACAUGGAUGAUUGUGUGCAUACUGAGCGUUAUUUAAAGUAUACCCACAAAUACCACACUAGUCGACAUUUGUUGUUGUUAUUACCGAUACUGUUUUAUUGUGCAGCAGGCAUCGGGAUUCGUCAUUAAGAGCAAACGUCGUUAGCAUUUUAUUCAUUAUUUUUAGUCCAUAUUUUAGUCGGCAUGUCCAUCCAAAGACGUAAAAGUUGGUACAAAACUGCUGAAAAAGAUUACAGCACAUGGUUCUAAAGAUCAUAGAAGCGAGUAAUGCAAAAAGUAAAAUUACAUAAGUGAUAAUUGAUACACUCACUAAAAGUAAUAAGCGUUUGGAGUGAAUAUGAAGGGUGUGGUGUGAAAAGUACUCUCGAUUAUUCCGAGCUCGGUAAAAAAAUAUUAUUGCAACAGAGGCGUGCCGAGCGUACGAUGACGCCAGUCUGGGAUUCGCGUGAUUACCUCAUCGACCUUUAUCUCGGGUCUUCAUUGCAAGGUGUCUGGACCAUUAGCACCGCGAGCACGAUCAUCGACGUCGAGUACCAACCAAGCGGUGCCGUUGGUUUACAAAUUAGCUAAACACUCGACUGGAUAAAUUCUUAAUUAAAUUCAACUUUUUAAAUUACCCGGGAAAGCGAGCGUAUCAUCAACCUGAGCAAUCGUAUCAAGACUUUUAUUGUUGCUAUUUAGUAUCUUGGGAAGAUUAUUGUGCUGGACAAAUUAUUACACAGUUGAAUACAAGUGACCUCGUAAUGUCGGCUAUCAGCAACCGCGAAUUCCACAGCAUCAGGUAUUCACUUGUGUUUUAAGCCCGGCUGAACUCGUUCCUGAUAAGCAAUACCGUGCCCAAGAAAAACGGUGUCUUGAGUUCUUACUACUACUACUACUACUGCUGCUACUCUAACUCUUGCUCUCUUAACCAUAAGCAGCCUGAGAGAGAAGAAAUAAUUGCGAUCGCAUAAAAAAUAAAUAAUGAAACCAAGAUCCCGCGAUCAACUGAGAGAAAGAUUACGACGCUUACAACUUACAAGAGCAAAAAAAAAUAAAUAAGCCAAUGAGUAAAAAGUAUAGUAAUGUUGUUUUAUUCUUAUAAAAAAUAAACCGUUAAUCGUCAUGUCUCAUGAGUAAACGUCAUCGAUAUUAUUACAUCGAGCUUAAGCUCAAGCUAGACCGAAGACUGAGACUGAGGCUGGUUUUAUUAUUUUUACACAAAACUUUUUUAAACUCCAGAUUAUCUGAACCCAAUGAUACUUUAUUAUCUAACAGAUCAAGAUACCGUCGCCUAUUGUCGUGGGCUGAUAAAAAACCGUCCGAUUGCCGGGCAUUGACUGGAGUUAUCAUGUCUGCACACGAUUUCAACCACCGCCAUCAUCAUCAUCAUCACAGACCAGACAUGACACAUUUAUUUAACUCAAGACUGAUGUCUUGACAGCGACUUGUUGCCGCUGACCGAAACUCCUACACCCACCUAUUAUUUAUAUUAAAAUAUAAAUAUACUCGGGUAAUGUAAGAGGAGUAAAUAUAAAUAAUAAGAAUAAUAAAGACAGAAGAGAGUAGAGGGAGUGAAAGAGAAUUAAGCGCUCGCCGACGAGUUUUCUCAGCCGAGAGCAUGAACCAGUCUUUCUUAAACUUCACUUCUAUGCGGAACUGACCUCAGAUUAACAAACUAAAUCCUUGUUCUUUACUCUCAUUCCCAAUAAAUUUAAAUAUACUUACAUAUAUUUAUUUAUUAUAUGAUAAUUUUAAUAAAGAAAAUUAACUCACUCCAAUUUUCUUAAUUAGUGAUGUGAAUUAUUAUUAUCAUUUAUAUUGUUAAUACGGAAAUGAUUAUGCGUGAGUGUCAUUAUUAAAAAUAACUGAGCGUCAUAAUAAAAAUAAUAAUGAUGGAUAUUAAUAAUUUAAAAAAAUAUUACGGAGUGAUAAAAAAUGUGACAAGAUUAUUUCGCGGGUUAUUUAUAAUUUGAAAAAGAAAUACUUGGUAAAAUGCGAUCGAAUUUAUUAACUGUGCUGUUGUAAUAUUUAGUAAUUGGUGUGUGUAUUUGUCCAACAUGAUUACUGAAUGGCUGGACACAUGGUUCGGACGACCAAAAAAAUCCGGACGCGGGGGCGGCGUAAGAAGCGGCACCGGAUUCAAUACCGUCCCCCGGCCGCACUCUGGCGAUGACUUUGAUGAAAUAGAACAACAGAGAUCAAUCAUCGAGAGGAUGGACGAAGAAACUGUCAAUGAUCGUUUUGAAAAGAUGCUGGCGAACAUGAAUUUAACCGAAGAAAAAAAGGAGCCACUGAGACAGCAACCAGAGUCAAAGAAAAAAGAAAUGCUGGUGCUGCACUACAAAGGAAGUAUCCAAGAGAACCGAUCAAAAUUCGACAAACCCGCUGAUUAUAUCCAAUAUCUCGCCCAGCCAGAUCUCAGCGUAAACAAAAUUUACAGCUGCAUCGAGUCAUUGCGAAUUGCGUUGACAAAUAACCCGCUCAGCUGGGUCCAGGAAUUUGGCACCAAAGGACUUAAACAAGUUCUCGCAACACUUAACGAGUGUUAUAGGAACGAUAAUCGGUAUGAAAGAAUCCAAUACGAAUGCAUACGAUGUCUGAAGGCGAUAAUGAACAACACGGUGGGAAUAAAAGAGAUGCUGGCUCACCAGGAAGCGCUGACGAUAGUAGCGCGAUCAUUGGAGCCAAGCAAACCCUCGGUGAUGUACGAAGCGGUGAAACUGCUGGGUGCGGUAUGUCUGAUAUCAAGCGACAGCCACAAGAAAGUCCUGGACGCGAUAACGAUGAACGGGGAGUUCAAGGGCCGCGAGAGGUUCAUGCCGAUCGUCCAGGGACUCAUGAACAAACAGAAUGAGAACCUGAGGGUCGUAUGUCUGCAACUCAUCAACUCGAUAAUAUCUUCCGCUGAAGAGCUGGACUUCCGGUUGCACUUGAGGAAUGAGAUAAUGCGCGUGGGGUUGGCGGAUAUUUUGGAGUCGCUGGAGCGCGAUGAGUCGGAAGACUUGUCAACGCACUUGAAAAUAUUUAAUGAUUACAAGGAAGAGGAUUACGAGGAAUUUGUACAGAGGUUUGAUAAUGUCAGGUUGGAAAUGGAUGACGUCAAUGACUGUUUCGAGGUGAUAAAGAACAUGGUGAUGGACACGGUAGCGGAGCCGUAUUUUUUGUCAAUACUUCAGCAUCUUUUGUUUAUAAGAGACGACGCGCAAGUGAGGCCCGCAUUCUACAAGUUGAUUGAGGAGUGCGUGUCGCAGAUUGUUCUCCACAGGUCGGGCUGCGAUCCGGACUUUAGUGCCACCAAGCGGUUCCAGAUAGACGUCCAGCCGUUGAUAGACACGCUGGUGGAGAAAUCACGAGCUGAGGAGGAACGGAAGUUGGUGGAGAUGUCGCAGAAGCUGGAGGAAGCGAUAUCGAGUAAACAAGAAGCUGAGGCGAAGCUCGCGCACGCGGAAAACAAAAUCAAGGAGUUGGAAGCUGGUGGCGCGAAGCCUGUGAAGUUAUCUAUACCUCCGCCGCCACCUAUUCCUGGUAUGGGAGGACCUCCACCUCCUCCGAUGCCGGGUAUGGGUGGACCACCUCCUCCCCCGAUGCCUGGAAUGGGAGGACCACCUCCACCUCCAAUGCCUGGUAUGGGUGGACCCCCUCCUCCACCGAUGCCUAGUAUGAGAGGUCCACCUCCACCUCCGAUGCCCGGAAUGGGACCUCCACCCCCUCCGAUGAUGGGAGGGCCACGUCCUCCGAUGAUGAUGAUGAACGCCGUGGAAGUCCUUCCUCACGGUCUCAAACCCAAGAAAAAGUGGGAAGUCGACGGUCCACUCAAACGUGCCAACUGGAAGGCCAUUUUGCCCCACAAAUUAUCUGAGAAAUCGUUUUGGGUGAAGGUUCAAGAAGACAAACUCGCAAGUCCUGAAAUUCUUAAUGGAUUAGCGCAAAGAUUUUCCUCGAAACCGGCCAGCAAAAAGAUCGAUGACGUUGUCGACAAAUCCGCUCCGGCGAAAAAAAUAAAAGACUUCAAGGUACUGGAUGGGAAAGCUGCGCAAAAUAUUUGUAUCCUGCUCAGCGGCAGCCUUAAACACAUGUCUUACGAGGAAGUUAAAAGCUGUUUGCUAAAAUGCGAGGGACCGGUUAUCAGCGACAACGUACUUCAGGGACUGAUACAGUAUCUACCGCCCCCGGACCAACUGACCAAGUUGCAGCAGUACAAAGACCAGUACGAUGACUUGACAGAAGCUGAACAAUUCUGCGUUACAAUAUCUACAAUAAAAAGACUACUUCCGCGAUUAAGAUCUCUCAGUUUUAUGCUGCGAUACGAAGAACUCGUUGCCGAUAUUAAGCCCGACGUCGUCGCGGGUACUGCCGCCUGCGAGGAAGUUAAAAAUAGCAAAAAGUUUGGUAGAAUUCUCGAGCUGAUUCUCUUGCUGGGUAAUUACAUGAACUCCGGAUCAAAGAAUGGCGGCGCAUUUGGUUUUGAAAUCAGCUUUCUUACUAAGUUAACCAGCACUAAAGACAUUGAAAACAAAGAAACGCUGAUGCACUAUCUCGUGGACACGAUCGAGAGAAAGUUCCCCGAGUGUCUGAGCUUCGCUGAAGAAUUGCCGCAUGUCGAUAGAGCAAGUCGCGUGUCCUUGGAAAAUAUCCAACGGACUUUGAGGCAAAUGGACGCGAAUAUCCGUAACUUGGAGCAAGAUCUCGCCAACUCUAAGAUACCGCAGAGCGACAUCGACAGAUUUGCCGAGAUAAUGUUCCCGUUUGCUAAAAAGGCCCGCGAGUCUUAUGAAGUUAUGCAGAACAUGUUCAAAAAUAUGGACACGCUCUACACGGACAUAUCCGAGUUCUUCGCAUUCGAUAAGCAAAAGUACACGAUCGAGGAAUUCUUCGGUGACAUAAAGAAAUUCAAGGACGACUUUGGGCAAGCGCAGAAGGAGAUCUUCAAGAUGCGAGAGGGUGAAGAGAAGCAGCGGCGCGCUCGUGAGGCUCGAGAGAAAGCUGAGGUCGAGCGGGCAGCUCGUGCAGCCCGCAAACGUGCGCUGGUUGACAUGAAUGCCCACGAAACACAGGAGGGAGUAAUGGAUAGUUUGAUGGAGGCAUUGCAGACUGGAUCGGCGUUCAGUCGACCCGACCAGCGACGGAAACGACAAACGCGAGUCGCCGGUGGUAAGUCUAAACUUAUCGGGACUAAAGAUUAUCCAGCUGAUAAAAUUUCCUGGUGGAGUCUUCGAAAUUAUCUAGCAUCUAAUUCGCAACCCGCUUGCUUGCUUUCCCCCGCUUUUCUUACUAAUAAUAAUUACAUAAAUAAUAAUAAUAAUAAUAAUAAUAAUAAAGAUAUAAAUAUCAAUUUGUCGCCAAUGGAGACUCCGGUAAUAAAAGAUUGCUUCAUAACUCCCGACAACAACGACUCUAAGCGAAAUAAUUUAUUGGCCGCUGCUAAACGAGCCCCAAAAGCCGAUAAAUUUUUCCAGCGCAUCAGCAAAUUUAAAAAAAAUAAAAAUAAAAUAAUGAAGCAGUCACCGGUUUUAGCUAAAGACAGUGAUUAUAAUUUACCGUCGCCUAUUUUUGGUGUCACUCCCAAGAGAAAUAAUGCGAGCAUUCGAAAGCACUUUAAGACAAAGAGAAUUGUUGGAGAUAGUAAUAAUAAUAUUAAUGGAACGGCGAUUGAAAUUCAUGAACCAGUUCUUCAGACUAAAGGUCCAUCAAAUGUCAAGAUGCCGAUUCCCAAGAUUUUAAUCAACGAUAAAAUAAUUCAAUCGGAUAGAAUGCCGAGCAAGAUGCUGAAGGGAUCAACUGGCAGUCCGUUUGAUUCGGUGAUUAAUGAGCUUAAGAUGCGCAACGAGUUGAAAAGAUCUGAGGAACUCCAUGCGCUUAAAUACACCCCGAUAAACGCCGCCACGAGAAUUAAUUACUUUUCACUGUACAGAGAUACUCUGGUCAAUGAAGCGCGUAAAGUCACGCCGGUUAAAAAAAGUCCCGUGUUUAAGGCCAGUAAAAUUAGACGCGUAAGAUCCCGGUCCAGUGUUGGUCGGUUUGAUAAAAACAAGCAGAAGGUCAAAGACAAAUGCAAAAGCAUAAACAGUUACUUGGCUUUCAACAGCCCGGUAAAUUCAAAUCAUCCAGUUCCGGAUGAUUGCGACGGCACUCCGCGGUCUGCUCGCGCUCACAGAGUUUCCAAGUCCUGUGAUUUCGGUGAUGACGCGGAGAAUCAUCUGAGUAAAACGAGUCUCGUGAGAUCGAAGAACUAUUUGAAUAUUUCGCGGGCUUCUGAUGAAAACCUCCCGAUAGUCGAUGAUGAUGAUGAUGAUGUUUUUUUAAGCGCGAUGGAGUCUUCAUUCACAUCAAAUAGAAACAUUUCAAUUAGCAAUCAGUCAGAAAGAAAACGGUGGAAAUUCUGGCAGCCUAGUGUUGCUGAUUCCUCAAAUGUCUCCCUUACUAAAUACACUAAAUUGAGAAUAAGUGAUUCUGAUAUUAUGGUCAAAGUUAAAGACAUCGUGAAGCAAAUAAAUAGUUAUUCAGAGUCGCAGAAUAAGAGCCCCGUUAAUUAAUUUUCAAUUGUGCUAAUUGUUAAUGGGUUUACUAAUUACCAAAAGCUUAAUGAUUUCUAUAAAACUUUUUUUAAAUGUAUAUUAAAAUUUUUUUUUAACUGUAAUUAUUAUUAUCAUUUUGUAUUCUUAUAUUUAUUGCGCUUCUGUA